AUGGGGGUCUCUUCUCAGACCACCCCUUUAUAUUGCCCCUCUUGUUCCCGCCACUUCCGUGCUGCUCUCUCUUCAUUGUCCCUGUUGGCUCCUUCUCAAUCACCACACCCCAGGUGUGUGCGCAGUUGGUUUCAUGGGAUUAAGUUUGAAGCGUUUGUUAUGUUUAUGGAUGGUUCUAGUAUUGCCAAGGUUAAAUAUGCAAAGCUGGCAACUGCAUAUUAUCAUGGGAUUAGCUAUAUAAGAAAAAUCCAGUCAAUCCUGAUUGCCAACAAUAUCCUUCAACAUAGUGCAUUGUCUUUCAGAAAAGGUCCAUCCUGUCUAAAGAGAUCACCUUUUGGGCUGAAUAAACGUAAGGAUGUGGAGUAUAGCCAUAAAUCUCCUGUAUAUAUUUCAGUUAAGAAAUUUUCGGACAUGUCAUAUGGCAUGUUGGAGGAAAGGAGAUAUGAAGAAGAGUUGGGUUCUUUACAUUCCUCUAAUAGUCAAGUUAAGAUUAUGGGUUUGGCUCAAUUUCCCACAACCCCUGCUAUACAAUGCUGGGUCGAGGAACGUAAUAAAUUAUGUAAAAGUAAAAAUGAAAUAUGCUCACUGAAUAAGUUCAGGGUUGCAUCUAAUGCAGUUACUUCCACAUGUUGGGAACAAACUGUUUCUAGCACUGUGGAGCACACUCAUGUGCAGCCGGAUCUAUAUGAACCUGCCUUGCCUUCUGGUAAACAUUCUAAAUUAAACAACUCAAAGGAGUUGACAGACACCAAAAGGGUGGACACCCAGUUAAAGUUACCUCCAUCAGAAAUCCCUAAGGAGAUAGUUGAUAGAGUUAAUGACAAUUGCAAUUUGGAUACAACUACAAAGGAUGCAACUAAUGCAACAUCUGUUAAAAAGGCAUGUAGUUUUGAACAAGCAAAACUCCGAGGCAGGCUUUGUAGUAUAUAUGAAGACAUAUUAGUUGUUAGUAAUAUUUCUCUUGCUGAGGAAGUUGCUAAGAUGCUUACAGUAAAUUACAGGCAUCUUGUUCAUGCGUGUGAUACCGAGGUGGCCAAGAUAGAUGUCAAACAAGAAACACCUGUAGAUCAUGGGGAGAUGAUAUGCUUCAGUAUUUAUUCGGGUCCAGAAGCUGAUUUUGGAGGUGGAAAGUCAUGUAUUUGGGUAGAUGUUCUUGAUGGUGGAGGGAAAGAGAUCUUAAAUAAGUUUGCUGAAUUUUUUCAAGAUUCAUCCAUUAAAAAGAGUGGAAUCACUUUGGAAGUGCAAACGCAGGUCUGGCAUAACUACAGUUUUGACUGUCAUGUUAUAGAAAACUAUGGAUUUAAGGUUUCUGGAUUUCAUGCUGAUACAAUGCACAUGGCACGGCUGUGGGAUUCAUCCAGGCGUUGGGUUGGUGGUUAUUCUCUUGAAGGACUUACAGGUGAUAAAGAGGUAAUGUCUAGGGCUAAGAUGGACCAUGAAAAGGAUUUGAUUGGUAAGGUAUCCAUGACAACUAUAUUUGGCCAGAAAAAGGUAAAGAUAGAUGGAUCUGAGGGUAAAAUGACCACCAUUGCUCCUGUUGAUGUGCUGCAAAGAGAUGAGCGAAUACCGUGGAUAUGUUACUCUGUCUUUGAUGCUAGAAGCACUCUAAAGCUUUAUGAGAGCCUGAAGAGUCAUCUUUCAGAUAUGCCUUGGAAUCUUGAUGGAGUACCUGUUUUUCACAAAAACAUGUAUGAUUUCUACCAGGAAUAUUUGCAGCCAUUUGGUAAACUUCUAGUCAAAAUGGAAUCUGAGGGAAUGCUAGUUGAUCGGUUAUAUCUCAAAGACAUAGAAAACAUGGCCAAAGCAGAGCAAGAGGCAGCUGUUAAUAGAUUCCGAAAAUGGGCAUCUAGAUAUUGUCCUGAUGCCAACUAUAUGAAUGUCGGAAGUGAUGCACAAUUGCGUGUACUGCUCUUUGGUGGUGCCAUGAACAGAAAAAAUCCUGAUGAGGCACUUCCAACUGAGCGGAUUUUCAAAGUUCCCAAUGUUGAUAAAGUGAUUGUAGAAGGCAAGAAGGUUCCCACAAAAUUUCGUGAUAUUAAGCUGAAUAGCAUUGGAUACAACCUGAAUGUUGAGAUGUACACACCAAGUGGUUGGCCCUCAGUUAGUGGUGAUGCUUUGAAAGUCCUGGCUGGCAAAGUCUCUGCUGAAUAUGACUUUGAUGAGGCUUGUCGUGAAGUGGAUCUUGAUGAGGAAGAUAGAAAUCCAUCUCAAAGUGAAGUUUUACCUGCAGAAGUAGAUAAAUCUGCUUAUGGAACAGCUUUUUCUCGUUUUCCAACAGAGGAAGAGGGGAGAGAGGCUUGUCAUGCCAUUGCUGCUUUAUGUGAAGUCUGUUCAAUCGAUUCUUUAAUCUCUAACUUCAUCGUUCCCCUGCAGGGGCGUAAUAUAUCAGGAGAGGAUCAUCGCAUUCAUUGUUCCAUAAAUAUUAACACAGAGACUGGACGCUUGUCAGCAAGAAGGCCAAAUCUGCAGAAUCAACCUGCAUUGGAAAAGGACCGGUACAAAAUCCGUCAAGCAUUCAUAGCUGCUCCAGGGAAUUCUCUUAUAGUUGCUGAUUAUGGACAGUUGGAACUUAGGAUUCUUGCACAUCUUGCUAAAUGUAAGAGCAUGUUGGAAGCCUUUGAAGCUGGUGGAGAUUUUCAUUCAAGAACUGCAAUGAAGAUGUACCCAUAUAUCCGUGAAGCAGUUGAGAGAAAGGAGGUGCUUCUUGAGUGGCAUCCUCAGCCUGGUGAAGACAAACCCCCAGUUCCUCUACUGAAGGAUGCCUUUGCUUCUGAAAGAAGGAAAGCCAAAAUGCUUAACUUCUCAAUUGCGUAUGGAAAGACUCCAGUUGGGCUAUCCAAGGAUUGGAAGGUUUCAGUGAAAGAGGCUAGGAGAACAGUUGACCUUUGGUACAAUGACAGAAAAGAAGUGCUGAAAUGGCAAGAAGAACGUAAAAAAGAAGCUUGUGAAUCCCAACGUGUUCACACAUUGUUAGGGCGAGCUCGGAGGUUUCCUAAGAUAGACCCAGAUCACAGCUACCAUAAAGGUCAUAUUGAGCGAGCUGCUAUUAAUACACCAGUCCAGGGUAGUGCAGCAGAUGUUACCAUGUGUGCCAUGUUACAAAUAUCCAAAAAUAAGAAGUUGAAAGAGCUUGGAUGGAAAUUACUUCUACAGGUUCAUGAUGAAGUCAUAUUGGAAGGACCAACAGAAUCAGCCGAGGUUGCAAAGGCCAUAGUUGUUGAGUGCAUGUCAAAACCUUUCAACGGCAGCAAUUUUCUUAAGGUCGGCCUCACCGUUGAAGCCAAGUGUGCUCAAAACUGGUAUGCCGCAAAAUAG